GUUGUCUUUCACGUUCAACUCGCGAGGAAAGUGAAAAUUUCAAAGAACUUACGAAAAACCCAAAUUGAUAGUCGUUUUAUCAAGAAAUUUUACAUAAUUGUUUUAAGGGCUUAUUAAGAAUAUAUUUGUAAUCUAAUUGGAAUGCGAGAGUAAAAUUUAAGAGCGGUCGGUUAGAUCUAGAAAGGUGCUGGAUGUGAUUGACAGAAAGCAGGGCAAGGCAGGGGACAGACAUUAGUAAUAAAAAGUGAAGAAGAUAUUGUCAAAGACGGGCGACUUCGGGAAGUCAGAACUGGGCCGAAUUGAAAGAAUCAGAUUAACCAGUAGAAGAAAUGAAGUUACAUUUCAAGAACAAUUUUAACUUAUAGACGACAAAUUUAAUAUUUUGAGGUAAUAGUAACCAAAAAAGCAAACGAAAGUCAAAAAUAUGUUUUAAUUGUAUGAAUUCAUAGCAUAUUUAAACAAGACAAAGUACAAGUGAGCAAGUCAGGAAGUGUCAAACAAGUGCUGUGCGGUUGACGACACGAAAAAGUGGUAAACGAUAGAGUUGCAACAAAUACCAAAUAAGGCCAGGACAAAGAAUAUCGUAAUUUUAAGAGCUUGAUAAAUUGUUUAAUACAAAAAUUUCCUGCUCGUUCACAAAUAAAAGCAAUGGAUAAUACCGCAAGUGCCAUUGUUGAACAGCAAAAAUUAGCAACAACACAGAAAUCAAAGAAAAGGCAGAAGAGUAAAAAGGCAAAUGGGAAGGUGCCCACCAGCAGUGCACCAAAUGACUUGCCGGAUGUUGCGAAUGACAUUGGAAAAGUUGCGGUUUUUAGUGGUGCAGAAGAAGUCACAGCGAAUGGGAUUUCCGAAACACUAAAACAACAUUUACACAUUACAGGAGAUGGUCUACUAAUAAACGGUACUGUUGGAAAGUGCAGCACUCAUACUGCACAGAAUGGGCAUCAUACACCCGCAACCGAUAUUACACACAGCAGCGCGAGGACGGCAAUUGUACAAACACAACAGCAACUGUCGGCCUUGGAAGAAAUAACAACGUCUGGUGCUUUGAAAAAAUCAAAGAGUAAAAACAACAAACAAAAGAACAAAGAAGCUAAUUUUGAAACUGAAAAUCAUAAGUCACCACAGACAAGUCAUAAUACCAAUGGCGAGUCACCAGCACUGACAUACACAAGUCCAAUGGAAGCAACACGCAAACCAGCGGAAGUGGAUAAUGUGCAAUUGAAAAAUGGUUUCCAUGAUUUCACUAAUGAACAAGACGAAGCAUUGCGCAGUAAGGAAACGCACCAACAAUGUGUAGCCAAUGCUGAAAUAACCAAACCUAUAUCCAACAAUACUGAACCGAAUAUAUUAAACUCUGCAGCGGCGAGAGGAGUGGCGGCAACUGCAGCGGUAUCAAUAUCUGACACCUGCCCACAACACAAACAACUGUCCACACCAACGUUGGCACAACAAAGUACUAUAUAUGCUAACCCUCCUACUGCAAUACACAAUACGAACAACACUGCCAAGCAGCACGCAGACGAUGCGCAGCAAACUGAUCAAACUAACCCUAAGGAAGCGCCGCUAAGUGUGUCACCAACGCCCCCACUGGCUGUGACAACCGAAUUGGAUUUGAGUAAUGUGCAAAUUCAGUAUAAGGAAUAUGAAUCUGAAUUGCAAAUGCAUGACAUAAUGCGCUUAAUACAAGCUGAAUUAUCGGAGCCUUACUCUAUUUAUACGUAUCGUUAUUUCAUAUACAAUUGGCCGAAAUUGUGUUUUCUGGCAGCGCAUGGCAAUGAGUAUAUUGGUGCCAUAGUAUGUAAGCUUGACAUGCACAGAAACGUGAGGCGUGGCUACAUAGCCAUGUUGGCGGUGCGUAAGGAAUAUAGGAAACUUAAAAUUGGCACGACGUUGGUACAAAAAGCAAUUGAGGCCAUGCUUGCCGAUAAUGCUGAUGAAGUUGUGCUGGAAACCGAAAUGCGUAACGUGCCCGCUUUACGUUUAUACGAGAACUUGGGUUUUGUGCGUGAUAAACGCUUGUUUCGCUACUAUUUAAAUGGCGUUGAUGCGUUGCGUUUAAAAUUGUGGUUUAGAUGAGAUUGUGUUUAGUUGAGUUUCAUUGCCACAUUGCAUGCACACAAUAUAAAUACAUAUGUAUUGAAUUAUAACAUAUUAAUUUGUAUGCGAAGCGAA